AUGGCCUCGUCCGCCUCUUACGCAGAUUGCGUCUCGUCGCUACGAACCUCGCUCAAAUUCCUUGAGUCAUCUGUUGAGACUCUCGACGAGGGUGUCUCUGACUUUCCGCGCCUGGUCAACGUUCUCAAGUCUGUCCGGCAUUAUGAGCUUGUCCCUCAGCCAAAAUUGGCGGCAGCAGAGGCCUCCUUGCGAGAUGAGAUUGGCCCCUACAUUGCCUUUCUGCUCUCCCGCGCUGACGCACAGACGGAGCGGCAAGAGCGCCGCAUCGAGACGCUCAAGGCCCGGUCAGACCUGCAGCAGGGCCGAAUCGCGAAGCCUGAGGAUGGUGCCGCGGCUGCAGCGCGGCAAAGGAGAAGCCGCGCGUUGAGUUCGGAGGACAAGCUGCGCGCACGCGCUAUCCGACAGCGCAAGGAAGCUCUGCGCUACGGUGUCGAGCGCCUUGAGCUAGAGGUUCUGCAAAAGGAGAGGGAGUUACGUAGGAGACUGGAAAGCUAA